AUGAGUGUUAGAAAGCUAAGAACAGCCGUGUCACAGAAGUUUGGCAUUCAUGUUAGUGUUGGUCAAUGCAGGAGAGCUAAGAAAUAUGAACUCCAACUAAUAGAUGGUACCAUAGUUGAACAUUAUGCAAAGUUAUGGUCGUAUGCAGAAGAGAUUAGGAGAUCAAAUCUAGGUAGCACUGUGAAGCUUGAUGUAAAUCAUAUGCCAGAUGGGAAGAACUACUUUAGUAAGUUCUAUGUUUGCUUUGAUGCAUUGAAGAAGGGGUGGAAGGAGGGAUGCAGGAAGAUAAUAGGUUUAGAUGGUUGUUUCCUUAAAGGGAUUUGUAAAGGGGAGUUAUUAUGUGUUGUUGGAAAGGAUGAAAACAAUGGGAUUUAUCCUAUUGCAUGGGCAGUAGUAUGUGUGGAGAAUAAGGAAAAUUGGAGGUGGUUUUUGGAUUUACUCAUUGAUGACUUAGGACUUAAUUUGGGCUAUGGAUAUAGUGUAAUAUCUAAUCAACACAAGGGUUGGAUUGAGGCUGUGAAAGAACUCCUUCCAUAUGUAGAGCAUAGGCAAUGUGCCAAGCAUAUUAGCCAAAACCUUAGGAAAAGGUAUAGUGGUGCCCAAUAUGAAAGCAUAUUCUGGAAGGCAUGUAAAGCAACAACAGAGGUAGAUUUCAAGGUUGCCAUGAAAGAGCUUGAAGUGCUAGACCCAAGUGCUCAUCAAUAUCUGAUGGACAAAGACCCCAAAACAUGGUCAAGGGCCUACUUCCAACCAGGAAGAUGUUGUGAUGUUGUGGAGAAUGGAAUGUUAGAAAGUUUUAAUGCUGUGAUUGUUGAUGCUAGGAAGAAACCAAUUAUCACCAUGCUAGAGGAGUUGAGGAUAGAAAUAGUGAAUGACAUUAAGAAGGGUCUAAGACAUUACCAAGUCUUACCUAGUGGACUAAAUCAGUUUGAAGUAAGAGGAACUACAGAUGCUUAUGAAGUGGAUCUUGAAGAAAGAACUUGCUCAUGCAAGCUUUGGCAGCUUAAUGGAGUCGGUUGUGUCCAUUCUGUUGCAGCUAUUAGUUUUAUGAAUAGGGAUGUAGAGUCAUAUGUGGACAAAAUGUUUAGUAGCAUCACUUAUAUGAAGGCAUACAAGUUUAGGUUAGCACCUAUGAAUGGAAGUAAUUUGUGGCCUGCAACUGGUUACAGCCCACCUUUACCUCCUGUUCAUAGAACUAUGCCUAGGAGACCUGCAACUAAAAGGAAAAGGGAUACAACAGAAACCCCAAACCAGUCAAGUAAAAAAUCAAAGAUAACUACCCAAACACAAAACAAAGGUAAGGAGCAGGUGAAGGGUGUAGCUAAAGCUCUCAAUCAGGAUGAUGAAGGUAAUCAAUCUAAUGCAGUCAAUGAUGGAGGAGCAGUAAAUGAUGGUGGAGAAGCAGUCAAUGAGUUGCAUGUGCAACAAGACUAUGAUGAGGUGGAACUCACUCCUUUGGAGCUUGAUGCAUUAGCUAAUGGAGAACCUAGUCAGGUUCAUGUGCAAGAACAGGAGGCUAGAGAAACACCACUUGCAACCCUGUUGAAGAAAAUCAGGAGGAAGAAAUCUGAAAGGAUUAUCAAGUUGAAACUGGGCAAGAAAGUUAGUGGUGCAGAUGCACUUGGGAAUUCAGAAGCUAAACCUGUUACUCUAGAAUAA